AUGUCCAGUCCUGUACAGAGACCACCUGUAGCCGUGGAUGUCAUAGAAUCAGAAGAGCUUGUCCAGUCUAUCAGCCCAGUACUGCUGACACUGGAUUACAAUCAUCUUCGCGUCAAAUUUCUCGUCGCCGGAGGUUCCUUUGCAUUCUUCUCAUUGAUCUUCACAGCCACGCUUUUUCUGUGUGGUUUGUUCCCUGUGUUCCGAAAUCUUGGUUUGAAGUUUCAAGUAUUUCUGAGUUUGUCAGUCGUACGUGGAAUAUACGGUGUCUUCGCUAGUAUCGUUGGCUUGUAUGGCAUAUUUUACACAACAAACCUGGACAGAGAUGUUACAUUCUCUAAAAUGUUGAUUAUUCAUCACGCAAUCGGAGUAUUCUCAUACACUAUUUCCGUCGGUUUGUCUGCUAAUUUCAGCAUUGGGUGUAAAGUGUUGAUUUUAGAAAUGAGCACCCCAUUCUCAUGCCUCAGUUAUCUUCUGCUCAAAGUAGGUAUGGAACGUUCUGUUUGGUGGCGACUGAAUCAAAUGUUCCUCGUUCACACGUUCCAUCUCCGCAGUGUAGUCGAGUGCUAUCUAUGGUACUUCACGCUCAAGCACUGGCAGUACAUCUGGAACUUUCUACCCACAAGUCUGUUGAUCCUCACAUACACCGGGCUAGUCCUGGUCACCUUCGUCAUGACGCCAUACUGGGGUUACAAGAAAACACAGCAGCUCUUCAACCCUGUUGAUUGGAACUUUGAAGAUUCGAACAAGCAUGGCUCACGACAGAGCACUGUCGUUGUUAAUGGUGCUGUAAAGAAUAUUAGCGUUGCUAAUGGUGUUGCGAAUAAUGCUGGCGUUGCCAAUGGUGUGACGAAAAAGACAAUAUAG